AUGACAGUAUUUAAUACUCGAUCGGUGACAACAACAGCAACAACAACAUUGUCGUCAUCAACGACAACUACAACUUCCGAAUCUAUGAGCGAAGGGAGCAAUAAUUGUAGCAGCACAGCACGUCAACUAUCGAAUGCACAUGCAGCUGCAGGCGAAGCAGCUCCAAGCAAUAUAAUGGAAAAUAAUGUUGUAUUUCCUGUAGGCAGUGUGUUGGAGUGUCGAAAUGUGUUGAAUUCCACUACUGUCGGCCAGGUGAUCUGCUCGGAUCAACCGACGCGACUUCUCGUCCUAAGAGAUACUUCAGAACCAGGUGGAGUACCAUUGGUACGUAUUAUCAAUCUGGCGCUUGUUGCACAGGUAACAUGUCUGAAGGAUAAAGGAGGUGAACAGUCGUUACCUUGGCCAAAUUUACAAAUAUCCACAAAACAAGUACAAGAACGGAUGAACCGUGCAAUAGCACGAAAGAAAGCAUCCAUAAUGCAAACUAAUGUAUCGGUUGAGGGACAACGAGUUUUUAUCUAUCUGAGGAAAACAUUGGAACACAGGGUAGAGUGGUCUGGUAGUAAUAUUAAAGUACUUAAUCGUGUAUUAGUCCAGCCACCAUAUACAGCUGAUUCCAUUGAACCUAUUGGUGACAUUAGCGAUACGGCAGUCGCUUCAGCAAAAGAACAUGUGCGCAAAAUCUUAACGAAAUAUCACAGUACUCAGCAAAUAAGUACUCCUAGCGACGAUGCACCUGCGGAUCCUACACCGUCACGUUAA